AUGGGAAAGUGGGAAUUUCUGUCUAUCAAAGUGGCUCUUUCCUUUUCUAGUCUGUUGCUGCUGCUUGAAACAUGUAUGGCCGGUACUCCGAAUGUAGGCAGGCUGAAUCUGGGAUUCCAGGGAAGGCUAUUGAACUAUCUAGACUAUGGGGGGUUGUUUCUUCUUUCCAACAAUUCUGCUUUCGCAUUGGGCUUCCGACCCGAUCAAGAUGUCAAUAAAUUUCAACUUGUGGUUAUUCACAAGGGCAGCUCAACAAUCAUUUGGUCUGCUAAUAGAAACAAUCUGAUUCGAGGUUCAGAUUUCUUCACAAUCGCUAGAAAUGGGGAUGCUUACUUGCAACGUGGUGGAUCCACCAUUUGGUCCACAGAUACUGCUAACAAAGGAGUUGUAGCAAUGGAAUUGCUGGAUUCAGGAAAUUUGGUGCUUGUUGGCAAUGACAGCAGUAUAAUAUGGCAGAGCUUUGGCCAUCCCACUGAUACCCUUGCGUCGAAUCAGGAGUUCACUGAAGGAAUGAAACUCGUAAGCAAUCCCAACUCCGAUAAUUUGAGCUACUCUCUUGAGAUAAAGUCUGGAGAUGUAAUUCUAUCAGCAAAUUAUGAACCCCCACAGCCUUAUUGGGCCAUGGGAAUGGAUACCAGAAGAAUCAUUGACACAGAUGGAGGGAAUGUUGUAUCUGCAACUCUUGAGGGCAAUUACUGGAGGUUUUAUAAUCAAGAUAAAGUGUUGCUUUGGCAUUUUGUUAUCUCUCCUAAUCAUGAUGAAAAUACCACAUGGGUGGCAGCUUUGGAAAAUGCUGGUUUCAUCACUUUCAGCCCUCUUCUAGCUGAUGGUAACUUCAGUGCCUCCUUGAUAGCAAUACCACAUGAUCCGUGUGGUAGACCUGAAGCAUGUGAUCCAUAUUUUGUUUGUGAGAGAGUAGGCAGUUGCCUGUGCCCUUCAGCCCUUCACUCUUGCACGAAAAGUAGUGUCUCCUUCUGCGAUAUAUCACAGGACUCUGUGGAGCUUGUUGAUGCAGGGGACACUCUUAGUUACUCUGCUCUUGAUAUUACUCCACCCUCUGCUAAAACAGAUUUAAAUGGCUGCAAAGCCUCUUGCCAAGGAAACUGCUCUUGUGCUGCCAUGUUCUUUCACCAUUCAGGAAACUGUUUUUUGUUUGAUCAGAUAGGAAGCUUGCAGCACUCCAAAAAUGGUACUCAAUAUGCUUCUUAUAUCAAAGUCUUGACCAAUGCAAGCGGUGGGGCAAAUCAAGGAGGUGGUGGAACUCACAAAACACGCUAUGUGAUUGUCAUCGUGGUCAUCAUCUCAGCUUUGCUCGCUAUUUUUGGUCUCCUUUAUGCAGGAUAUCAGUACCACCAGAAGAAAAACAAGGCAUUGCCUGAAUCCCCUGAAGAGUCUUCAGAGGAGGAAAUUUUUGGGGAGAAUUUAUCAGGACUGCCAGUUCGUUUUAGGUACAAUGAUCUUCAGAUUGCAACUAACAACUUCAGCAAGAAGCUUGGUCGAGGUGGUUUUGGUUCAGUUUACCAGGGGAUUCUCCCUGAUGGAACUAGAUUGGCUGUGAAGAAAUUGGAAGGCAUUGGUCAAGGGAAGAAAGAAUUUCGAGCAGAAGUUAGCAGUAUUGGGAGAAUUCGUCAUCUUCAUUUGGUCAAGCUUAAAGGCUUCUGUGCUGAAGGGAAUGACCGUCUUCUUGUGUACGAGUACAUGGGAAAUGGAUCUCUUGAUAGAUGGCUUUUCCGGAAAAACAGAGGGGAAUUCAUGUUGAAUUGGGAAACUAGAUACAGCAUUGCACUAGGAACAGCUAAGGGUCUGGCUUAUCUCCAUGAAGAUUGUGAUGUGAAGAUAGUUCACUGUGACAUAAAGCCUGAGAAUGUACUUCUUGAUGACCACUUUGCUGCAAAAGUCUCAGAUUUUGGUCUUGCUAAGCUUAUGAGUCGAGAGGAGAGUAAUGUUUUCACCACAUUAAGGGGAACAAGGGGGUAUCUUGCACCAGAAUGGAUCACAAACCGUGCCAUAUCAGAGAAGAGCGAUGUUUACAGUUAUGGCCUAGUGCUGCUUGAGAUAAUUGGUGGUAGAAGAACCUUUGAUCGCUCAGAGCCCUCAGAGAAAUCCCAUUUUCCUUCUUAUGCUUUUAAAAUGAUGGAAGAAGGAAAACUGGAGGACAUCAUUGAUGGAAGUUUAAAGAUAGAUGAAAAGGAUGAGAGAGUUUCUACAGCUAUUAAAGUUGCUUUCUGGUGCAUACAGGAUAAAAUGUUCCUAAGACCAUCAAUGACCAAGGUAGUUCAGAUGCUGGAAGGAAUCUGCCCUGUCCCUCCGCCACCGCGCUGUUCGCAGCUAGGGUCACAACGUUAUGCAGUUUUCUUCAGGUCAAUGAGCAAUGAGGGCGUUGGCGCCUCACCGGGGCCUCGAAUGAGCAACGAUGAUGCUCAUCUUUUGGCUACAAGUCUUUCAGGGCCAAGAUAGCAACCACAGAAGCUGAAACAAUUUCAUUAAAAUUGAGACCACUAGUGGAGAAGCCUUCAUAUGUACACCAUUUUCAUGCUUUUCUUCCUCGUACAUUCAUUAGGUUUUGUUUAUAUUUGGAAGGUAGACAUUUUGGUA